AUGGAUAAGACUGAAGUCUAUUCUUCGGUAAAAUCAACAAGCAGACUUAGAGUUGAUAGUGACUAUACUGGAGAUACACCUCCAAUGAAGGACUAUUCAAGAGAAAUAUAUGUCAAUAUUAAUGACAAGACUGGAGUUUUUGAGGAUUACAAGACUUUCAGGACUAAAAAAAGGUCUGUGAAGAUUAGAAAAAGCGAAAGUCCUAGCUGAAAUUCAUAUGUUUCUGGUAGUAAAGAAGUAAGUGAGAUAGCUCAGAGCGAUGUUUUUGAGAAUGGGCUGGUAAAACUAAAGGACACAUUUGAAAAAUUUAAGAUCAAGAGGGAAAAGAACCAAAAGAAGUUCCUCAAGAAAGAAGACCAAUUGCAUUCUCGAGAAUCAUUGGAAAGCUCUCAACUUGAGCCUGUUGAACCGAGAUAUAAUGAGGAUACCCCAAAUAAAAGUGUUGAUAAUUUCUCAAAGGCAAAGAAGUUGAAAUAAAUUUACUCUUCCAUUAAUCCGAAGACUUAUGCCACAACUUAAGCCAGACAGAGUAAUAGGAACCCAUUCGAAGAGGUUCCAGAAUAGUGUUUUAAAAAUGAGUUUAUCUAAGCACUUAGUCAACUCCUCUCUCGAUAGAGAGCUGAAUAAUCACAAGAAAGAUCUCUCUCGUAAUGAGUCAUCUCUGAAUGAGAAUAGUCCACAUAACAUAAGUGUGAAGGUAGAUCAGACUUCAAAAUCUCUAUCUCCUACACGUCACUCUCCUAAGAAGUUUGCAGGGAAUAUUCUUCAAACAAAAUCGAUUAACAAAUAUCUUCAGAACAGGAAGCAUGUUAUUACAAAUGAUUACUCCAGUAGUUCUUAUAUAAAUCAGAAAUAUCAUGCAUCUAAGUUGAAAAACCAGGAUAUCUUAUUUGAAGAGGUCUAUCAGCAGAAUUAUCCCAGCCAGCAGAAAUCUAAACCCACAAGGAGGUACUUUGACGAGAAUAAGAAUUUAAAGAUGCUCUCAAAGGGUAAAGACAAGGGUAACUAUAAAAGUAUCGAAUGUAAACAAGUCGAUAUUCCAGAUACUGUCAAAGACGAAAAUCAGAGAUACUACUCUCCUGAGAAAUACGUUACUAUUGGGGUGGUAGACCAACAGAAGCCGAAAAUAUCUCUUAGUAAAAGUUUUGACCAAUUUAAUCCUCCUAAGCUAUCGAAAUCGCAGAGGCCAACACUAACAAAGGUCAAUUCAAUCUCAGUCGCUCGUAUGAAGUACUUUCUCCAAAAAUAAAGAGAAACAAGAUAAUAUCAAAGAAGAAAAUCCUGAAAGCGCUUUUGAACCUUCAAAUCCAUCCUUAAUCCAUCGGGGGUUCAUCACGAAGUUGCCAAACUUAGCUACCAAGAAAAGAAGUGAGGCCUUGGUAAAGUACAAAUCAUCGAAGAACUUAUCCAGAAAGAUAGUUCCAAGGGAAAAAUGUCUAAAGCCAAGGAAGGCAGAAGACAUCAAGAUAUCUAUUAACUUGACUAAAGGGAUGGGCUGAGUUACAGGUGUUAACUGAGAGAGUUAUAAAUAAAC